CAACAAUGGAGCAGCGACAAACUUUUGCUUCAGCAGUAGAUGCGGUAUUGAACGAGUUUAACGGGAAAUUCUCGUUAAAAAUGGAACAAAGAACAGCCCUGGAAUCAUUUAUCGAACGGAAAGACGUUUUCGCCUUGCUACCUACUGGCUUCGGUAAAAGUUUAAUUUACCAGUUAGCCCCGCUGGUCGCUAAAUCAAUGGGGAUUUGCGAGAACCCAAUUGUCGUGGUCGUCUCGCCACUAAUCGCUCUAAUGGAGGACCAGGUUCGAGAGGCGACUGCCCUGGGCAUUUCUGCUUGCCAGCUGGACCCUGACAUCGAAGCGCUAAUCAAACGAGGCAGCUUCAACAUUGUGCUAGGCAGUCCGGAGUCGUGGCUGAGUGGGAAAUGGCGCGACAUGUUGACCGACGAAGUCUACAGAAAAAAUCUCCUGGGCAUUGUCGUGGACGAAGUGCACCUCACUUACAAAUGGGGAAGAGCUUCAAAGGGUCAGACUGCCUUCAGAGAGAGUUUUUCCAGACUGGGGGAACUUCGUGCUAUUGUCAAACCAGGGACUCCUGUGAUGGCACUGACCGCAUCCGCCGAUCUGCAGUCCAGGGCCAUAGUGAAAAGACAGCUGCAUAUGGACAACGCAACUAUGCUGACUGUCAGUCCUGACAGACAGAACAUCAGACUAGGGCUGCAUCGGGUCUCGACAGACUCACUCGACUGCCUGGACUGGGUCGUAAAGGAUGUAAAGGACAAGGGUGCUGACAUGUUGCCUGUGCUCAUCUACUGUCGGACCGUGAACACUGUUGCACGAGUCUUCUGCCAUCUGAAGGCUGAGCUGGGUGACAGGGCCUGGGUUGCUGGAGAGCAGAUUGGGGACAACCUGCUCAUAGCGAUGUUCCACAGUCACACUCUGCCAGCAAACAAAAGCAGAGUACUCUCAGCACUGACAGGACAUGGCAACUGCAGAGUUGUGGUGGCUACCACUGCUUUGGGAGUGGGACUGAACUUUUCAAAUGUGUCCCAUGUAGUGAUGUAUGGGGUACCUGAGGACACAGAGGCCAUGGUGCAGCAGAUUGGUAGGGCGGGCAGAGAUGGCUCACAGGCCCAUGCUGUUGUUUAUGCCACCACAAACAACAGGAAUACAGAUGAGGCAGUGAGAAAAGUGAUUGGAGACAGUAAAACCAGCUGUUUUCGCACUGCAUUAUAUUCUCACUUUGAGAAAGACAUUGCUAGUGUUGAACCCGGUCAUUCCUGUUGUACCCACUGCCACUCUGUUUGCAAGUGCACCUCUGUUGGUUGCCCUGUAUCGCUGCCUGUGUACGAAUUACCAGAGCCAAAUCCAACACAAACACAUGUAAAACGCAGGGAUGUGACCUCGGAUGACCAUAACUUGGUCAGGGACCUUUUGUUUCAGUAUCGGCAAAGUCUUGUCCAUGACCACACACGCCUCUACACAAGUGUCACAGCUUGCACUGGAUUUAGUGUUGCUCUGAUUGAUUCCGUGGUGGAACAUCUUGCCUACAUUUUUGGUCUGACAUAUAUUAUGCAGAAUCUACCAGUAUUUAAGAAAGAACACGGGCAAGAGAUUCUCAGGGUAGUACAUAAGGUGUUUCGUGAUUUUGAAUUGUGUGAAGAAGCAGUCACUUCUGUAUCGCUUGUAAUGCCAGAUGUGGACUUUACAGGAUACUUUGACAGCGAAGACGAUGAGUCUGGGCAUGUGCUCAUAACUUCCAGUAGUGCUGAAUCGGGGUUCUCUGUACUUAAGGGCUCUGACUAAAUGUCUACUUUCUAUCAAAAAAAGCAGUAAUCAAUGUCUUGUAUAUAUGUAAAUAUCUAAGAUCCUUUGAAUAAACAUGUUUGUAGA